AUGGCACUAGCACUGAGAGAAGAGCGUGAUACUGGUCAUCAAAGGGCGGGCAAGGUCGACUUUUUUGACUACGAAGCCCUAGCGCAAUCCGUUCCGCAUCACCGAGGUAGUGGGGGUGGCGUAUGUGGAAUCUCCGAGGAGCGAGUGGUCCCGCGCAUGCACCAACAGGUGCGUCUUCAACCCGAAUUUGCCUACCGGAUCCGCUAUGGGCCUGUCGCGUGUCGCGUCGCGUUGCGCGCAACCGUCGCCCCUCCCCGCUCCGCCGUUUACGUCUUCCAUGUAGACCCCAGGGCACAUCCCAGGCACACUAGCGUCGGGGUAGAUGCGGAGUCGCUAUGGUCCACAACACCCGCGGCUGCUGCUUCGAAGCCCGCCAAAGCAUGCACGACGCACGUUUCCUACGAUACGCCGAGCGAAAAGGGUGCGCGGAAUGUGACGGCGCUGACGUCCCUUGGCGACAAAUUCGCGGAGAAGGCGGAGAAAGAGAGGCGAGAGGUGGUGAGGAAAGCGGUCGGGAGUGCUGUGAAGCAGGUGCGCGCGCUUGGCGAGGGCGUCCACGGACAGACCGUCUUCGUUGAUGCGUCGGCGGACCCACGUGCUGCUGAUGCGCUGUACUACGGGUCGACGACGUUCAAGCUGCACACGACCGUGGACGUCGCAACACUGACAGGGUAUACUCGAGAUUUAUUGAUGCUAUUGGCGGAUGUGCUGAUUGGGGUGUCCUUCCAGAGCGAUGAGCGUCGCACUGGGCGAAGCGUUCACCAGCGUAUUCACAUUAGACUCUGGCAAGAGCUGGACAGAGCCGGAGCGCGUGAACACGACCGGUUCUGGCGGAUGCCCCUCGACGAGUACGGACCGCAAGUCCACUCGUCGAACGCUGAUCUAAGCAACGUACGGCUGUGGGCAGCUGCACGGUUGCGCCUUUUCGUGGAUGGCGUCGAGCCUGGUAAGGACGGCGCGACGGCUGGGGUGCGAUGGGCACAUCUCGAUAUCGCAUGGACAAUGGAGCAAGACAAGGGGCUGACGGGCCGCCCUACAUGUGAGAAGAAAUGGAGAGUGGACAGCAAGACUGGGGAACUUCAGGACGUGUGUGCCUCUACAGAACGGACAGAGACCGCGUACGCGUACUCCUCUAGUUCUAUUUCGCCAUCUCUUCCCUCGCCCGCAUCAUCUUCGAGAUCGGAGAAAGUGUACACACGACUAUUGUCCCCUGCAGAGCGGUUGGCGAUGUCGGCAGCGAACUCUAUGCUGGAGAGCCGUGGUUCUUCGCGGAUGCAGAUGAGGAAGCGGGAUAUCAAGAUGCUCGACAUCCUAUAG